ACAGUACAGUAUGGGGAGCACAGAGAACGUUAGUUUUGGCUCGCUGACUGCUACUACCUGAGUAGAGAUGAGAUUACUUUAAGAAAUGAAAAAUAAGGAAUUAAUAUACACAACUGAUAUUUGAUUUCAUAGUCAUUUCCUAUUUUUCUAUUGAUGUCUACCAAUGUGGACCUGACAGAGACGAUGGAAUAUGUUCAAUGUUUUGGCAGUUAUUUCAUUUUUAAAGCAUUAAAUACAUUAGCGAAAACCGUGAUUAUUUUUUCAAUAAUCUAACCGAAACCAAACCGACCUCAAAGAGCACUAAUUGUUCAGUACUAUUGCUUUCACUUGACUUUUUGCAGCUAGCAGACCCAAGCAUUUGCUGGUGUACAUCAACCCUUAUGGGGGCAAGCAGCAAGUGCAUUUAUGAGCAGAAAGUCUCGCCUCUCUUCGCCUGUGCCUCCAUCUCCACGGACGUGAUUGUUACAGAGCAUGCCAAUCAUGCCAGGGACCACCUGAAGACAGAGGCGGAGUUAAAGAAAUAUGAUGGAGUGGUGUGUGUAGGCGGGGACGGCAUGUUCAGCGAGAUAGUUCAGGGCCUGGUCUCUCGAACACAGGGGGAUAACGGAGUGGACCAGAACAGCCCGGAGGAGAAGCUGGUACCCUGUAGUGUCCGCAUCGGCAUUAUAUCCGCAGGUUAGUCAAGACCACACGCAGACAUUCACAA